GUUGAAAUGGAGACACUGGCAGUGAUAAAGUGGAUGCAGAACUAUAACUUUGUUCUGUCUGCUAACCUGCAUGGAGGGGCAGUGGUGGCCAACUACCCCUUUGACAAGUCAAGGGACCCCCGCAUCAGAGGCAAGACCACAUACGCUGCAACCCCAGAUGACAAGAUAUUCAAAAAGGUACAGGUGCAGAUAACAGAUUUGAAAGCUCAGUCACAUUAUAGCACAUAUUGAAACAUGUGUCUUUGUGUGCUUACAGUUGGCCAGGACGUAUUCGUAUGCCCACAGUUGGAUGCAUAAGGGUUGGAACUGUGGAGAUUUCUUUGAUGAAGGGAUCACCAAUGGAGCCAGCUGGUACUCUCUGUCCAAA